CACUGGCCGGUGCAGAGUAACUAAGAGUUCCCGUCAACACAGAGCGCAGGAGAACUUUUCUCCAUCUUACAGCCAGGUUGGGAGUCCACAGAGGGGCUCUUUCUCCUCACCGCCCACUCCCCCGGCGGCGCCACGCCCCCGGCGGCGCCACGCCCCCCAGAGCCUGGUGAGUCUCCUGCUGCUGUGUCUCUAUGGAAACGGCUACUGCUUUUCCCCGUGCCACAAGCAGAAUGGCGGCUGGAGAGCCGAGUUAUCUAGGUGGCUUCUACUUCAGAUUCCUGCCUCAGAGAAUCUUCUCGUCCCUGAGCACCCGGGAGAUCACCAGCCGGCUCCGCCAAUGGUCCAUGCUGGGCAGAAUCCAGGCGCAGGCGUUCAGCUUUGACCAGACGUUCCAGCCCUACCAGAAGGAUGAUUUUGUCAUGGUUGGUAUGGGGAGGUCUCUUCUGAUCUUGUUGGGAGCACGCCAUGACGCUUUUUUCAAAGACCCAAAUGUUAUUCCAAAUUUGCAGUUACUCUCAGAUUCUUCUGGACAGUGGACAACAUUAGGAACUGAGGUGCACAGAAUUGAAGCUGUGAAUGUCCCAUGCACACAACUUUCAACAUCAUUUUUCCGACGGUUAUAUGAUGAAGAUAUUGUACGAGAAAGCGGGCACAUUGUCAAGUGCUUAGAUUCUUUCUGUGAUCCAUUUCUCAUUUCAGAUGAACUACGAAAAGUUUUGCUCAUGGAAGACUCUGAAAAAUAUGAAGUCUUCAGCCCACUGGAAAGGGAUGAGUUCCUGUUCCGUCUCUUUAAGCACCUCUGCCUUGGAGGGUCUCUUUGUCAGUACGAAGAUAUGCUCAAGCCGUAUCUGGAGACAGCAAAGCUGAUCUAUAAGGACCUGGUGAGUGUUCGGAAACAUCCUCGAACCAAGGAAAUACAAAUUACCUCUUCUGUCUUUAAAGUGAAAGCCUACGACUCUGCUGGUGUGUGCUACCCUUCAGCUAAAGAGCAUGAGCAGACAUUCUCUUACUUCAUCGUGGAUCCCAUCAAGCGUCAUGUGAAUGUCUUAUACCACUGCUAUGGUGUGGGGGAAAUGGCUUAGUCUCCUUCGUCCCCGUCUCUGUGUCAGCACUAGUGGAUGGAGGUGUGCUCUGGCACAUCAGCUGAAAGCAACUGUCAAGAUCCUCUCUCUACCUUUGCCCACACACUCCUGCAGGGAUCCCUGAAGGAACCUGCACAGAGCAGAAAGUCACAGUUUGUUUUAUCAAGAUGCAUGCACAUUCUCAAUUUCCUAUAUUUUCCAGUUGUUUGGGAGGCAAAGACAGACAGAUCUCCAUGAGUUUGUGGCCAGCCUGAC